CGGUUCGCGGAUUAGGAGGUGUCUGAGCAGGAGCUGUAACGCUUGUGGUCGCCGUCUCCCUCGCCCUGUGAGGACAGGAGGUCGGUGGCUGGCCGAGGGCUGCUAUGGUGCUGAGUUUUCCCGUAGAACCGACCGAGGAGAGGCGGUUGCGGCCAUGAAGGCGGGUGCUACAUCUAUGUGGGCUUCAUGCUGUGGGCUGCUGAAUGAAGUCAUGGGGACUGGAGCGGUAAGAGGCCAACAGUCUGGAUUUGGGGGAGGUACCGGCCCAUUCAGAUUUGCACCAAACACUGACUUUUCCACAUACCCACCAGCAGCUACAGGAGGAGCUAAUAUAGUUUGCAAAGCCUGUGGACUUUCAUUUUCAGUUUUUAGAAAAAAGCAUGUGUGUUGUGACUGCAAGAAGGAUUUUUGUUCCGUCUGUUCAGUCAUACAAGAAAAUUUCCGAAGAUGUUGUACUUGUCACUUGUUACAAGAAACUGCCUUUCAGCGUCCUCAGUUAAUGCGCCUGAAAGUCAGAGAUCUGAGGCAGUAUCUCGUUCUUCGAAAUAUACCAAUAGACACUUGCCGAGAGAAAGCAGACUUGGUUGAUCUUGUACUGUGUCAUCAUGGAUUGGGCUCUGAGGAAGACGUGGACACGCCCAGCCUGAAUUCUUCAAGGUCACAGACUUCCGGCUUUUUCACGCAUCCAUUUUUUUCAACAUACCCAGUCCCUUCUCCAACAGUGUCUUCAUCGCAGGCAGACCUCACAAGCCAAAGAGGAAACUCAGGCCCUGCAGCCCUUUCACAGGGACAAGGUGAAACGCCCUCAACCAACAUGGAGGAUGAUGAAGAAAAUGCCGGAGAGACCCCUGGACUUUCUCGAAAGCGGAUGAGAGCUUCAUUAUCUGAUCUGUCAAGUCUCGAAGAUGUUGAAGGGAUGAGUGUCCGACAGUUGAAGGAAAUCCUCGCUCGGAAUUUUGUCAACUAUUCUGGCUGUUGUGAAAAGUGGGAGCUGGUAGAAAGAGUGAACAGACUAUACAAAGAAAAUGAGGAAAAUCAAAAAUCAUAUGGAGAUAAGAUGCAGCUCAAUGACGAGGAAGAUGACAACCUCUGCCGAAUUUGCAUGGAUGCAGUCAUUGAUUGUGUUCUUCUGGAAUGUGGCCACAUGGUCACUUGCACCAAAUGUGGCAAGCGCAUGAGCGAGUGUCCCAUCUGCCGGCAGUAUGUGGUUCGAGCUGUGCAUGUGUUUAAAUCAUAGGAAGGCUCCUCUUCAGCCCCACCGUUUUAUUUUAGUAGCAUUUCAAUAAGCAGACAGGAUUUGAAACCCUUAUUGUUCAAAGGCUGAACAUUUUUGUUUUUUGUUUUGAUUUUCAUUAUGAAUUGUGGAAAGAAGAGUUCAUCUUGGUCAGUUUGACAUGGAAACACUUUGUGAUAUUUCCUUUGGCAGUCUGGGAGGGAGGUUAGGGGUGGUAGAAGGUUCCCAGGACCCUUCCCAAUUGACAAGAGCUUCCAGUUCUGUUCAUAAACUGUUUCAGCUUGCCUGUUGCUCUCUUCUUAAGAAUACUGCCUCUCCUCCCUUUCAUUGCUUCGACAUCAUUUUUAACUUAACUGCUGCCCCCUUCCAACAAGAUCAGUGUCAGAAAGUGAAGCACGUGGUGCCCCAAGCAGUGGUCACACAGAUUAUUUACCCUUUUAGUCCAGUAUGUUUAAAAUGCUAAUUGAGAAAUGUUAAGUUUCCACAUUGUUGCUCUUCUAGUGUUUAAAUUUAAUAUAAUCGGAGACAAAUGAGUCUACAUAGAAAACUGCCAGCGCCUUAGAAUAAACAUGUCAAUUUAUGUUCUGAUUAAACAUUUCCUACCAAUGGCUGCAUCAAGAGUAUUUUUCAUUACGGAAGUUUGUAUGUUAAGGACUUUUUUUUUUCUGGUCUGUAACAUCAUUUUACAUUUUUGUGUAGUGAAGGUGUUUUUGUUUUGUUUCCCCCUCAGUGCUAUCCUGCUAACUCAGUUCAAAUUUAGGAAUAAAUUACAAAUUUUAAACUAG